AUGGAUGCAGGGUCUGAGCCUUCAGGCCUGCUUUCGCAAGAUGACACUGGCGGCCUGUUACCAGAACUGUCAGACGUUGAUGGCAUAAUUCCUGAGAUAGGGGAAGGUGAGGGAUGGGAAGAAGAGUCGCCAUGUCGCGAAAGUCAAGAAUGUUCAGAGUUGGCAAUUCUCAGCAAGCCGGGCCUGCACGCGGACGAGCAAAACAGUGAUGCAGCAAGUGAAGUGUGGAAUGAGUCUGGCGGCUCCUCGAGCAGCACAAGUGGAAGCAGCGACUCUGAGGAGGAGGAGGAGGAUGGCAUCUUGUCAGAGGUUGCGAUCGAUCGCAACAAGAGGAUGGCUUUGAAAGUACCGGCUGCUGACUUGACGGAGCAGAGCGUCUUGGAAGGAGGCUACUUGCUUCCUGCCGCUGAUGAACGUGCACAGCUGGCUGGGCAGCCAGAAGACGUGGCCUCCGCAGCCAAAGAGGCAUCGAGCAAAAGGGAGGAAGAGAGUGCAGAGCGUCGAGCGGCCAGCAGAAGACGAGCGGGCCAGGAUUGGACAGCCAUGGCUUCUGAAAACAGGCAGCGACAACAGCAAGAUGCUAUUCUCCAACAGCGGGAUCAGCUGAAGAAGGAUCCAGCAGCUGCCUUUCAGCUGUCCUGGGAAGCAGACGAUGAGUUUCCAAUCUUCCUGGUGCAGGCGGCGCUCGACCAGGCUGAGCUGGAGAAGGCUAUUCUCCACUAUCGGUCGCUGCCUCCGGCGGAAUCGCGAAGAUACCACUGCCUGGUGAAUUUGGCGUGUUGCCUGGUGUCCUUGAAUCAGCCUCGCCCUGCCCGAGCCAUGCUGGAGCAGGCAGUCGCUCUCGACCCAAGCCGGGCAGCAGCACACUUGAACCUGACAUACUGCUGCCUGCGGAUUCGUGAUCGGUCGAACGCCCUGGUGGCCAUUGAUCAGGCCCUGCGAAAUGCCGAGGACCUGAGUGCAGAAGAUCAUCGAUUGCUGCUAUGGACCAAGAAGGACCUGACGAAGAUCCUGGCAUCCAAACGCAGCACUGGUAAUCGAUUUGGUUCUUCCAAGGGAAGAAGCAGGCCAGACUCUGGAUCUGCUGCAGGCUCUGGAAAGCAGCAGAGGAGACGGCCAGCUGCUGGGCGACACCAGAUGUUGAGCCGGCUGGAGGCCUGGCAGAUGCGUAAGGAUUUGGCCGCGCUACGCAGCAACGACACCACGGAGGAAGUCAUUCCGCCCUGGAGACGGCGCCAUGCGUACAGUGAAGACUCGGAGCAAGCUAUCUCCAGCAAGAGGGCAAGAUGGCAGCCGCUCACGCCUCAGGAGCUUGAGGUGAUGCGUAAGGCAUAUGCGGACCUGGCCAAGGUCAAUGCUGGGGAGGCUGUGUCGGACUGGGGUGAGGAGUCUGACUCAGAAGAUUCCCAGGACGAUAUUCUUGACGACCUCGAUGACCAGACUCCACGGAAGGCUGCCCAGCGUGCAUAUACAGCCGUCAAAGGUCUGCCCUGCAUGCAAGCGAUGGCCAAGGAAAAGGCAGUGGCUUUGCUCCAAGCCGCGGAGCUGGUUGAGGUUUCAGCCGGAUGUGUGAUCUUCCAGCAGGGUGACCCUGCGGAGCAUAUCUACAUCGUCAUCAAAGGCUCCGUAGUUAUCAAGAUCUUGAUGCCAGAGCUUGGACCAGAUGUCAUCCCUGUUGAGACCCUCUACGACGGCCAAGUGUUCGGUGAUGCAAAGAUUGCUGCGUGGAGGGAUGCACAGGAGGGUCCUCCCCGCCGGAAGGCUGGAGCACUGGCGCAGGAGGACACUUGCCUCCUGCGGAUUUGUGCAGGAGACUACCGCCAGGCAAUGGGCUUGUUGGACCAGGCCAAUGACGCAGAGCGCAGGGAGCCAAAGGAGCAAACAGAUGAGCAGGACGAGCAGUCUGCUGCAUUGUUGCCCGAUGUGCGGCGGAAGGUGCAGGCCUUAGCGAGCUCCUCCCUCUUCUCUGGGGCCAGCAUCAACAACUUGGCACUGCUUGCUUCCAACGUGGAGGAGAUUGUGCUGCGGUAUGACGAUGUUUUCGUGGAGAUCGGGCAGGCACUGCAAGCUUGCUUCCUGAUCUCAGAGGGCUACGUCAGCGUUUCCGUUCCUAGUGCAGACCAAGAGGCUGGCAUGGGUAGCAUCGAGGAUGUCUCGCGCAUCAUUGGCAUGGGCCACUUGCCUGGGCGGGAUGGAAGCCUGCUUGAUGGAGACUCCGGCUCAGGGACACCCUCCAGGGCCUCGCCAGCCCAGUCAAGGCCUGGCAGUGCAAAGAGGCGAAAUCCUGGAAAACCGCCCCGGCCGAAAGCCUUGCCAAAGCUUGCACCGAAGCAAGAUACCCUGCAAAGCCAGCAAAGCCAACAAGGCCAAAACCGGCUUCGGCUUCAGCGCGGCUCAGAGCUGCCUGUGUUCCAACUUGGAGACCGACCCCUUUUGCUUCCACCGAAGACUGCGUCAGUUGCAACAAGUGGAACCGGAGCCCAGCGAGCUUCUCGCUUGACGCCUCGGAAGCCAGGAACCCCACGCCGCGGAACUCCUUGGCACGCAGCGCUGCGCCAAAAGCGGACAGCGCCCUUCUUGGGAGUUGCUCCGCCGGAGUUGGAACUUUCUCAGUUGCAUGUGGGCGAAUGCUUUGGGCUUGCAGCUCUGUAUGAUCCGAAGGGUGAGUGCCCGUAUGUGUCUGGAUGUGAAGUGAGGGUACAAAGCUGUGAAGCAAGAGUCUUGGUGCUAACAAAUGGCAGCCUAUUGUACUUGAACGAGACGCUGGCCCGUACACUGGUUGACAGGGCCAAAGAGCGAGGAGAUCCAGUUGCGCCGCUGAAGCAAGACGUCAAGCAUGAGCGAACUCACCGCUCGCGAUGGAUGAUGCAGAAGCUGAAGGUGCUGGACAGAAUAAUCAUGCACGAAGAUUAG